AUGACGACCCUCUUCCACGUCUUUGCGGUUGCCGCACCCGCCAAACGAGCGGCCGCGGAAGUGGGGCCGUGCGCGCUCGUGCAGACGCCGUUCACCCGCCCAGACUUUGGCGACAGCAAUUGCGCCGAAUACUUGAACUUGCCGCUCUCGUCGCCACCCAACUGCUCUGAGGGGUCCACGAGAGUGCCCCGUAUCUACCAUGCAGUUGGCGGCAGCGCGGAGCGCCCAUCCAACGUGGCCAUGAAUGCUGCCGUUCACCUCGAUGGCUUUGUGGUGAACUAUCACGACGACGAGUCGGCGUUCGAGUACGUGACCAAGCACUGCGGGCGAGAGGCCGGGCAGGCGUACCGCUGCCUGCUCGCCCCCGCGUUUCGCGCCGAUCUCUUCCGCUUCUGCGCCCUGUCCGCCGAAGGCGGCGUCUACCUGGAUACCGAUCUCGUGCUGCUCAAGCCGAUUGCCAGCGUAGUCGACAUGUGUGACGCGGGCGCGACCAUCGGCCGUGACAUUUCGGGGGCCGACGAACGGAAGCAGAUGAUCCUCGCGAGCGUGCCGUCGCACCCGCUCCCCCGCUGCAUGCUCGACUCGAUCCUCCGCAACGUCCGACAGCGAUUCGUCCCUCCCAAGGGCAGGCCGCUUAUGCUCACCGGCCCCGAGCUGCUGGACUGGUGCUACAACCAGACGGCUGGCAACGACGUUGCGAUCACGUAUCGGGACUCGGUCCGCGCGACCUACCCGCACUCUGGAAUGGUCGGCGUCGGUGGGCUCGUUGCCUUCGAGCAGCCAAACGACAUGGACUACAUCUAUACAGACGAGUGCACUCUCUCCGUGCCACCGAGCGACGCGGCGGCGACGCCCCCCCAAAUGGCCAAAACGGCCUCCACUCAGGGGGGUCGGCACAUUACCACGGGCAUCUCGCCCAGCAUCUCGCACUCGGAGCAACAGAGCUGGUGCAUGCUGAACGGCCUCGGUCCCAACUGCACUACGACGCCGCAACUGGUGAAGCUCGUCAAGCAGGCCCAGUCCCCUAUGCCACCGAUCAGCGGCUGGAUGAAAAACGACCCAGCGGUGCCUCUUCCGCGCUUGCAGCUGCUGCGCCCGCCCGCGCAACCCAACGAGGAGAUCAACAUCUGCUACGUCCACGUGAACAAGGCCGGCGGCCUGUCGGGAAUCAAAGCGUUCCGUAAGUUUCAAGAUGCUGGGAUGAUCAACCAGCUCGUCGAGCUGCACGGCCUCGAGCCAGGCGAAAGCUCCCCCCGGACGGGGAAGAAGGGAUCGACGAAUUGGUUUAGUCAGUGGAGUGCGCCGAUGAGCCCCAACGCGUGCACCAUCGGUGGCUUUCAAGAGGGUGUUCAUCCAGGGAUCACGAUGGCCUUCAAGGUGGUCCUCUGGGUGCGAGACCCGAUCACGCGGGUGAUCUCCUCGUGGAACUUCUUGCGAACCAAACCGAGGGCUGAUGCAUGGGGUGACCAGAUGCAGGCGGAGGCGAGAGAAUGGGAUUACAUGAGAAACUACAUGCAACACACGCUCAAAAUGAACAUGUCUACCAGCUUUCAUGGCAGCGGGUUUGCCGAAGCGGUUGCGGCCGCUCACGCGGCUGGCGGUUUGGCCGAGCUGAUCAUGAACCUCGGCCACGCUCGCGCCACGCUUGCACGCUACCUCUUUGAAGGGGACGGCUCAAUGGCUUCCGCAAGUCGCAUUGCGUUCGUAGGACGUGUGGAGGCGUUUGGCGAGGACUGGGCUCGAUUGGUCGACCUUCUUGGACUCACGAAACAGUACCAGGGAAGGCCGUCGUUGAAGCCGCCUCAAACUCACAGUACUGCGCGUGGCGGCUCACUGCUCAGCGGCACAAGUGUGCUGGCGCUGCGCAAGGCGCUGUCGCUGUCGUACGCCAGCAUCUGGUGGCUCCAAUCAAAUGGGCUGCUGCCGGUCGGCUACUAUGAGACCAUCACGUCCCGUGAGGACUACGAAGACUGA